AUGUCGACUACACGACCCAACGAGUCCGUUCUUUCAAUUAUAUCUAGCUGUAUCUUUUCAUGCUUUACGCGCGAUACCGAGAGCCAUGUCGCGCCAAGCAACCCACAGAACCAUGGCCAUGCUACGAAAGGACAGACCCAUCCUACAGAGAAACUGGUAGAUCCUAUGAACGUAAAGGCGAUUGAACUUGUUAAUGAGAUCAGACUUUGAAAGGGAACGGCAGCAUCUAUACUGGAGAACGCAAAGAUUGAUCGCCAAAAGUUUAUGAUCGAAUUUGAGCCCGCGCUCAAAGCUAAUGUCACUGCAUCAGCAUUGCUUAUAAAGAAUCCACGAUUGCAAGCUGGGGAAAAGUCAAUGAACAAGAUGUAUGAGGAAUUGAUGUCAGGACAUAUGGAGUUGGAGGCUCUGGAAAUACGUAAAAAGGUAUGGACGAUACGGAAGGAGAAGCUCAGGAAUGGAAACAAGGAAGGCGUUAACACUUAA